GCUGCGCUUGCGCCUUGCCCCGUUCAUAAUUCUGUAUUUCGAAGUUUUGCUAAGUUGAAAGUUAUUUCUAGGCAAUAAGAGUGGUAAAAAAGCUUUAUCAUAGUAGAUAAUUCAUUUGUUAUAUGAUUUCUGCGAAACGGCUAGGUGCUUCAAGGACUAUAGACACCUUAUGAAAUCAGUCGACUUUUGAGUGAAUAUUAAAUUAACAACGUUAAUAUAGAACUGUGUUUAACUUGUGAAAGUUUUGUGAAUCGUGUUUUUGCCAGCAUUGACGUGAGAAAACCUGGACUCAAUGGGACGAUAGUGCCUUCAAAUAAAUAUGGGUAGCGCUAAACACGCUACAGUAAAUACUCAAAUGGCGUCGCAAAAGAAAUCGAUCAAGGACAUAUUGAAAAAGCCAUUCCAGGCGCUCUUCAAAAAAGAUAAACAAAAAGAGAAAAGGGAAGUAAAAGAUGAAGACACACAUAAAGUAGAACCGAUCAAAGUGGUCCCAGUUAGUGAACUAAUAGAAGACAUAAAGAACCUUAAAAUAAAGCAAGAGGAAGAAGAUGAAUUCAGUAAUUUCACAUACAAAACAAUAGAUGAUAAGCGGAAAAAUUCAGAAGUCUCCGAAGCGAGUUUUCAAAAAGAAAGAAAUGACUCGCAGCUCUCUGAAGACAGCUUCAAUAACUUUAAAUUGAACGAGGGGAGACGGACGAAAAUCGACUCGCAGACGUCAGAAGACAGUGGCUUCUCGGAGAAGAAUGAGACAGCUGAUUCGGAAGACGACAUCUGUGAGGGUAGGAGGAAAAAGAAGCAGAUAGUGCUGAUAUCGAGGGGACCCAUCAGGAACCAGUUUUUAACGCCGCCACAUCCAUAUUCGCGGGAAUCUGAAUGUAGACAGAUCAACCAAGUGAACAAACAAACUUUCUCCGGUGGACAAGUAAUUGUGAACGAAAACACGCGGACAGACAACACAUAUUUAAGCAAAGUUAUAGAAUUAGUUGACACAACUGUCAGAGAUUAUAAUAAUGAAGAUCUAUCGACCUUCCUUGAUCUAGCAGACGAAUUCGUCAAUGAAAACACAGAUGAGAAUAUCCUAGCCGACUUUUUCAACCAAGCCGAAAUACCAAGGAUAGUAGAACCCCCCACAGAUACCCUUAUUGGCGGGUUCAGCUUUCAAAGUGACAACCCAAUGGAAAUGUCAAGUUCAAACACGUUAACAGAGUACAACACGCUCGAAUUAUUCCCCGAAUGCCUCCAAAACCCUGAAUUUGACACGUUGAACGUAUUCCCCACGCCUCCGCGCUCAGAAAAUGUCCCAAGUCCCAUCUCGGACUCAACAGUCUUUUACACGAACCAUUCGGAUUAUUCAUUGUCACCCCAAACGCAAACGUCAUCGCCAAUGUACAAUUGUGACUAUGAGAAGUGUCAAGACAUACCAUCGCUAGAAGACUAUCCAAGCUGGGUCAUAGACGAAGUACCUGAAACCACAGACAAGAAAACGCGGGAACGAAUACCGAGCACGUCCAUGACGAUGAAGCAAUACAAGGAUAUGCAAAAGGAGAUCGCAAACGAAUUUUUGAAAAUGGAAUGCUGUCAAGCAAAGCGGAAACCGUGCAAGGAAAUAUUCGAAGGACACAUGUCAAAAUUGAAAAUGGAACACAGGAAGGUGAUAUGCCAAAAAGUUGCCAGUUUAGAUUUGAAAACUGCUUAUGGUGUCCUUCAGCACAUCCUGGCGAGUUUGUCGAAUGGCAACACCGAGGAAAGUCUGCAGCUGGCGCUUUUUAGUCUUAUCUGUGAAAAAGUGCUAGCACUGCAGCCGGAAUUGUUCGUCCAAGACUUCGGUUUAAACCUCUUGAAGUUGGCAGUACUUCGAUGCCCCAAACGACCGCUCCUCACGCGAUAUCUGGUUCAGUGCAUUCGGACAGUAAUCAAAACUGAUACAAACAAACGGACACAAGAGUGUAUCUUUACUGAGGUGGACGCACUUCGCGAUAACCUCGUGAUCGCCUGCGCACGCGGCGGUGAUGAGUACUCGAACGCGCUCUAUGAGCUCGUAGAGCCAAGUGGUGGGGAGCCUGCCCUGUUUAGCUUACACCACGCUAAUGCUAAUGGUCACAACGCGUUGCACGUGGCCUGUAUGACUCAUUCUGCGCAAACGCCGCGAUAUCACACAGUACAUGUAUUAUUAGAACACGCACACAUAGACUUAUGGAGGAAGGACGUAAAAGGUGGCGAGACAGCGCUCCAUCUAGUGGUGAAUUCCGCAAACUGUGACCUGAAGUUAAUAAUGAUACUCUUUAAACACAUCGACAGAAAACGAUGGUACGACCUUGCGCAUGCACUGAAUCUAAGUUCGAUAUCUCCCCUGGAAUACGCCCGAUCAGCGAGCAAAUCGAAAUCGGAAAACUUUCCGAUUGAAGUAUUAGAAUUUCUCAAAAAGUGCCGGAAAAAUUAAUAAAAAAUUCAAUCGAUAUUUGUUUUGUUAUUUACAAUUAAACAAAUGUACAUAUAUGUAUUAAUAUUUUUGAACACGCAUAGUAUAUUAUAUAUUACUUUGAAGUUGUCAUAGUGCAUAGAAUGAACAUCAGAUGUAGACACCUAUGAUAUGAUGUGUAAAUGUGAAUAUUGUCUCAAUAUUCACAUUUACUUAUACAUAACGAGUCCGAUUAUAUGUUGUGGCCGUUUUGGCUUCCGCCGUUUUGUGCAUAGAUUAGUCAAACUGUCAAAGUGACAUUGACAGAUUGAAGGUAUAAAUACUUUUUGAUGGGCAUGAUCCGUUAUAUAAAAUGGAGGGAUAUACCCAUUAUUAUCACCAGUUCCAUUGUUAUUUAUGAACAUAUUCUAUUUUUAUUAAAAUUUGUCGCCCAGUGGUAUUUUCGUCUCGGACUUAUCUUGACCUAGAUUAAUAGUGUCGAGAAUGUAAAUAAAUAUAUUUAAGCUUAUAAUCUUAGAUGAUAUUUUUAUAAGUACGCAUCUGUCUCUUUUCAUCAUAGCGUAAAUACAAUGUGACAGAAAGAGACGAAAGUACUGAGUCCAAUUGGACAGAUCAGUCUUUAUGAGUAAAUAACAUAUGCCAUGACAAAUAACAUGUUAAGCAAAAAGUUUUUAAUUAAAAAUGUUGGUAAGUUGUGUUAUUUAGUUGUAUAUUUUGUUUGUUCUUGUAAAUAUGAAGUUAAAAUUUAAAAAAAAUAACAAAAAAACGUAUUGUUAUUUUAUAUUAUUAAGUUGAAAAAAAAGGUCAGCUUAAAACUGAUUUAAAUAGGAAUAAGAAUAACAUCGAAAUACAAAACAUGUAUAUAUUGUAAUACUAAAGACAAUAGAAACCCUUGUCUUUGGUAAGUUUGGUGGGGAGUAAUGAGGAAUAUGUUUUCGUCGAAUUGUAUAUAUUUAGUUAAGUUUUUUCUUAAGAUCUCUUGACAGAUAUAUUUUUCGUAUUUAUGAAUUCUUUAAAAUGUACAAAUUACUCUGAAAAUGCCUUAUGACGUAAGACUUAAAAUGUUAUAUUUUUAUUAAUAAACCUUUAAAAAAUCUCAUGGA